AUGGACUCGUCUUCCUCUUUUACCGGUGCAGGUGUCGGUGCCGAUAUUGAAGAAUGUGUGGUCUUUGGAUACGAUGUGUCAACGUUACUACUGAAGGAGUUGCUGGAUGAUGUUUUGACGUCAUUGCUGGAAGUGCUGCUGGAUGAUGUGAUGGUAUCAAAAUCGAGUGCCACCACACAAAUAGUACACGCUAUAAGUAUGCAGAACAUGAGCCACAGCCUCAACAUCUUGGAGGCACUUCCUCUUCAAAAGUUGUAUGCAAGUUUUAAACUGGUCAAGUCAAAACCGCAGGAUGGGUGGUGA